AUGUCUGCAAACCUGUCGAUCCCGGGCAUCGAGGCCGAGCCUAUUGAGGUGCAAAAUGGCCUUCGACAAGGUUGUUGUAUGGCCCCAGUAUUGUUCAAUAUAUUCAUGUGGGCAGUAUUCCAGCUGUGGCAGCGUGAGGUUGCGGACAUACCUGAGAUUGGACUUCCCGUCUCCUCUAACUCUGGACCGUCUCUCCUUUUCAAACGCCAGAAGACUGACACAAUCAACAUCCAUCGUGACUGUCAAUUCGCAGACGAUUCGGCACUUAUUGCUACAACUCACCAUGGUGCCACACUUGCGCUCAGCCGGUUCAUGGACGUCGCAACUCGCUUCGGCCUUACCAUCAACCUAUCAAAAACCAAAGUAAUGGCGGUCGGCUUCGGCAUUUCUCCGGAGGAUCGUCGUCCAUUGGUGGUUGGCGGGGAAAUUGUCGAGAAUGUGCAUGACUUUCGCUACCUAGGCUCCAUCAUCCAUACUGGUGGCCGCACCGCAGUGGACACUCGGUCCCGAAUAGUGUCAGCAUCUAGGGCAUUCGGAGCAUUGCGUCGAUCUGUCUUUGAUGAUGGCGAUCUUUCACUGGCAACGAAGCGAAUGGUGUAUGAAGCAUGUGUGGCUUCUCUUCUCCUUUACGGAGCGGAGUGUUGGGUACCACUGAAAAACGAGCUUGCGGAGCUGUCCGCCUUCCAUCUUCGCUGCAUUUCCGCAAUCUUAGCCCUCGGUAGAAGAGACACCUGGGACUUCCACAUCAACAGGAAGACCAUUCUGGAGGCCUAG